GGACGUGACAUUCUAUACUACUGUGUAGGUGAUCUGUUGGAGGAAAACCCAUACGAAGAACGGAAAUAUCUGUUCACUCUGACAUUUUCAGAUCUGCUUCUUAUUGGGGAGAAGUUGCGAUAGUGAAAAGGAGUGGAAUAGUUUCUUAAAUCUAAGGCGCUUCUAUUUGUAUUUAAAGUAGUGUAGUAGAAGCGUCCAUACUCCACUUUUACUCUUCUCUACUCCAUGUCCGUGUUGCUGCCUGUGAUUUCUUAAAGCUUCCGACACACCAGAUCACUUCUCGUCUUUUGCCGGAAAUCGGAGCUGAAACACGCUUUAGCUUGCCGACAAGCAGGUGGACGUAUCUUCUCAUGUCAGGAGGAUGCGGCUGGUGAAGCUGACUUCACAUGACUGAGACAUGGCACUGUGGGUCUACUAGGAUGGUGGUGUUGCCUUUGCUGCUCUAAUCAGGCUACACCUGAACCAAGCCAGACUUUUGCAGAAAGCAUAGCUACAUGGAUGUCCAAAGCUGAGUCUCCUUUACUUCCUUACCUUCCCUCUUCUUCCUUCUUCUCCCACAUUUUGUGCAAUUGUGGGGGAUGAGCUCUGAAGAGAAGAGCUCCACUAUGUCCCAAAAGAUCUCCUCUCCAUCCCGUAGCAACAGCAGCACCUCCUCCAAACACGACAGCCGACAGGACAGCUGGGAGAUUGUGGAGGGGCUGCGUGGUGGUCUAGGGAAUGUUCAGCCACCUGAGAGACAGGAGGGCUUCAUGCUGAAGAGAAGAAAAUGGCCCAUGAAAGGCUGGCACAAGAGAUACUUCUUCUUGGAUAAGGGAAUCCUGAAGUAUGCCAAGUGCUCAGCAGAUAUCGAGAAAGGCAAGCUUCAUGGUUGCAUUGACGUGGGUCUUUCUGUCAUGGCCAUAAAGAAGAAGUCCAAGUGUAUUGAUCUGGAUGCAGAGGAUAACAUCUAUCAUCUAAAGAUCAAGUCUCAGGAGCUCUUUGAUGAAUGGGUCUGUAAGUUGCGUCACCACCGACUGUACAGGCAGAAUGAGAUUGCCAUGCUGCCCCCUGAGAAACCGCUCUUCAGCCCUCACUUCGCUGCCACCUCAUCUCCCAACUUCAAUGAGAGCCAAGCUGCCAGAAAGCGUGCUUCUCUUGCCAAGCAGGCUUCUCUACACUCGCCCUUCACCUUCACCAGUCAAGCUAAGGUGGCCGCCUGGCUCCAGUGCUCUGACGACAUGGACAGAUGUUCUAAAGAGCUUACUGAGUGUGAGGCCCAGUUGCUAGACCUGAAUCACCUGCUGAGGAGUAUGGAGGUUCUACACCGCACCUAUUCUGCGCCUGCUAUCAAUGCACUGCAGGCAUUUGCAUAUGACAGCCCUAAAAAAGAAAAGAGACAUCCCAGGAAGUGGCGUUCCAAACAUUACAGCAAAGACAAUAAAACAACCCUGCAGGUCCCCAGCUGUAUCUCCUCAGGUUCUGUACGUCUCCAUGCCUCCAAUCCCAACCUCUCUUCUGCUGAUCUGGUCAUCGAGAAAAACUAUCCAGAGCCCCUUGACUUGCCCUUAGACGUGUCCAAACUGCAAGAAGAUUUUUGCCGUGUGGCCAACAGCUUGCACACAAACCUGAAGUCGGCGCUAGGCUCCUUGAAGUUAGAGAAAGAGAAACUGAGGCAGAUGAUGGAGCAGGAGACAUGCACAGCUCCUUCUGCACAGCUCCUGGGACUGAAAAGUGCUCUAGCAUCUGCUUUAGCACAGAACUCUGAUUUGAGAGAGCGCCUCUGCAAGAUACACAUAGAGUCGCAUAUCUCAGAUCCCACCGUCCUUAAAAACUUCAGCGCUGGCUCGCUGCAGAAGCAGGACUCCUUAGACUGCUCCCGCCACCUCGUCCACCAGGCGUCCAACGAGAGCCGAGCUUCCAUUACAGAGUCCCUGUCCGAGUUCUUUGACGCUCAAGAAGUUUUGCUUUCAGCAAGCUCCUCUGAGAACGAGCCAUCAGAAGAUGACUCGUACAUCAGUGAUGUCAGCGAUAAUAUCUCCAUGGACAACUUCAGCAACGAGGUCCAGAAUGAGAGAACUGAUCCAGACUGUGUUGCCCGCCGUUCUGUGCUCCCCUCUCCAAGCCCAAACACCAGCAACAUCAGUCUGUGGAACAUUCUGAGGAACAACAUAGGAAAGGACCUGUCUAAGGUGGCUAUGCCGGUGCAGCUGAACGAGCCGCUUAAUACCCUGCAGAGGCUAUGUGAGGAACUGGAGUACAGUGAGCUGCUUGAUCAAGCUGCAAAUACACAGGACCCGUUUGAACGCAUGGUGUACAUUGCAGCAUUUGCUGUCUCGGGCUAUGCCUCCACUUACUACAGAGCAGGAGGGAAACCUUUCAACCCAGUGCUGGGGGAGACGUACGAGUGUGACCGACCAGAUAAAGGAUUCCGCUUCAUAGCAGAGCAGGUUAGCCAUCAUCCUCCUAUAUCUGCAUGCCAUGCUGAAUCGAAAAACUUCAUCUUCUGGCAAGAUGUGAGGUGGAAGAACAAGUUCUGGGGGAAGUCCAUGGAGAUUGUCCCGAUUGGCACCACUCAUGUCGUGCUCCCUGGCUUGGGAGACCACUAUGAAUGGAACAAAGUGACAUCAUGCAUUCACAACAUUCUGAGUGGUGAGCGCUGGAUUGAACAUUAUGGAGAAAUCUGCAUAAAGAACUCCAGCAGCGAAAUGUGUCAGUGUAAAGUCACCUUCCUCAAGUCAAACUACUGGAGCUCCGGUUUGAAUGUUGUGGAGGGGACAGUCAUGGACCAUAAAGGGAAGGUGAUACAUAAGCUGCGUGGAAAUUGGCCUAAUGGAAUAUACUAUGGAAGCCUACCAAAGGCUAAAUGCAUCUGGCUUGCCAAGCCAAUGCCUCGUGACUCCGAGGAGUACUACGGUUUCACAGAAUUUGCCAUUGAGCUGAAUGAACUGGAUCCACAGACCAAACAUUUACUGCCACCCACAGACACAAGAUUCCGUCUUGAUCAGAGGUUACUGGAGGAAGGGAACAUUGAGGCUGCAGAAACACAGAAGCAGAGAAUCGAACAGCUACAGAGAGAUAGGCGCAGAGUCCUAGAGGAGAACAACAUGGAACAUCACCCACGGUUCUUCCAGAAGUCAAAAGAUGACACGUGGGUCAGCAACAACACUUACUGGGACCUGAGGAAAGAACCAGGCUUCAGUAAUCUGGAUUUUCCAGUGCUGUGGUGAUCGACAGCUGGAUAGUGCUAUCUCACAGGCCUGCCUCCUCACUACUGCCUGCUCUGACUUUCUGUGUAUGAAAGGAAAGCUUAGCUCACAGUGGAGAGUGGAAACUGACCCCAGAGAUGACGAAGGCAAUAUUUUUGCCUGAAAAAAACGAACUGAUAAACAGAUGAAGAACUUUACUGGUACUGCAACACUGUUUUCCCCAUAUUCAAGCACUCUUCAUUAUGUCAUGUUCUAUUUUAAUGCCUUAAUAUGCUUCUAAUAUAUUUGACAGUGUGUUUAAGCAGGCAUCUACCUUGAAUGUCUAGAAAUGAUCUCUACUACAGCAGUGUGCAACUUGUAGCACAAAAAUACUGACACAUACACUGUUUCAUACUGUACUCUUGUGGUGAAGAGUGAUAUUGCAGACAGUGAAAUGCCUGAGACCUGCCUAAAACAAAAGACCUUGCGCAUGCACCUCUGAAAUAUGCCGUCGUCUGAUCAAAGUAACAUUGUCUACCUCCUUAAAGAAAUGGUACUCUUGUUUAUAAUAUGAGGAACAUAUCGGCGUAUGAAUUCCACAUCUGUCUUAUGCCUAAUGGUCAUACAUAUUCCAUAACAUCUUUAUUAUUGCCUUUAAUUAUGUAAAAAAUAAAAUUACAAACAUGUAUCACAAUGUUGCUAGCAUCUGAGAAAUAAUCAUAUAGCUUUGUUUCAAAUACUAAAUAGUCACCACACUGCAUUUGGAUGUUUAGCUGAAUGUUUCAGCGUUUUUUGUAAUCUGUGUUCAUCAAGUUCUUCCUGGAAAACGAAGAUUCCACUCUUAUUCAAUAAACCAAUCAUACCUGUGA